AAGCGUUGUGCGUUGGCCACACUGGCUGCUGGAGCUCUUCACAAGUUCUUAAAGAAUGUAUUAAUUUAUGCAAAUUAACUGAAAAAAGUGCACAAAAGCGGCUUAAAUUUAAUUUAAGGCAGUUUUUAACGCCGUAGAACAACGAAAUGGAACGCUCGGGCUACGCACAACGUGGCUGGCUUUGCUGCUGGCUGUGGCUCUGUAUGGCGUCAGCAACAUACGCUUUAGCCGACGUCAUGACGGCCGCAACUGGAGGAGUGGGGGGAGCUGGCACAACAACAACGCAAAACGCGCUGCUCGCUGCUGGCAAACAGGAGCUGGCAGCGAACAGCAAACAAUUGCCCGUUUGCUCACGCAUGCUGCGCCAUGUUUUUGAGAAUGCGACGCCACGGGACGAGCAGCAGGCUGGCGUCUUCGAGGAAUAUAAACCAGAGGUGGGCCAGGUGCUGGACGAGGAAACGUAUCUAUGGAGCUGCCUGGAGGCGUGCUGCGAGAAAUCACAAAUCCAAAAUCAGACCCAACGCAAUACCUGCAACGUAGUCUUGGUCUUUAAGCGCAAAUGCUAUCACAUUCAUUGUAUUAGCAAUGAGGCGUGCAUGCCCAAGUCUCUGUCGCGGGAGCGUGAAAAUGAUAAGGUGCAAAUGGUAUUGGUUAACCCGGUGGGUGAUUUGCCGGAAACUUGGACACAAUUACUAAAGGCCACCAAACAGAAUGCCGAAAUAUUGCCCUACGAAUCGGAGCUGAACUUCUGGAAACAGCCACGACGCUUGCAGUUUCAGGACAGCAAUGCCUACGAUGAAGAUGAGUUCCCCAUGGCGGAGAAGCGCGUCAAGCAAUUGCUGAUGCAGCAACCCGAUGAGAACGAUGAUGAUCUCAGUUACUAUGGCGCCGCAGAGUUGCCCAACAAUGCCAAAUUCAUGACCUGCGACUUGGACACGCCGUGCCCGCCCCAGGAGCAGUGCGUGCCGUUGCAAGCGAAUGCGGUCACAGGACUGUGCAACUGCAAGCAUGGCUUCAUGCGCAACAAGCAGCGCAAGUGCGUAAUGCCCGCUGUGGCCUACAGCGCCUAUCUGCCCAAUGAGGCGUCUUCCCGAAUCGCACUGGAAGCCGCAGCAGCAAGCGAGAUUGUGCCGGAGGUUGUGGCGCCGCCGCCCAUGAAACAAGAAAUCAACAAGAUCACGGUCUCAGUCAUGUCCAAGGAGGUGCAACUGCCCGAGCAGGAGGUGACACUGGCCGCUUUCACGGUGCCCGAUGAGGAGACCAGCGGCUCGAAGUACAAAUAUCUGUGGACACUUAUAUCACAGCCCAAGGGACCGAUGAAUGGCACCAUUUCAGAUCAGAGCAAGUCGAAGGUGAAGCUGUCGAAUCUAUCCGAGGGUCUGUACACAUUCAAGGUGACCGUGACCGGCGACAGUGGAGCCUUUGGCGAGGCAGCUGCCAACGUGACUGUGCUGCCCGAACGGCGCAUCAAUCAGGCUCCGCAGGUAAUCAUCUCCCCGCCCGAACAAAUCAUACGUCAGCCCACAUCCAAUACGGUGCUCGAUGGCAGCACCAGCACCGACGACGACAAAAUCAUCAACUGGCACUGGGAGGUCAUCUCGGGACCCAUUGGCUAUCAGCCACAGUUGCCGGAGGUAAGCACACUGCAGCUAGAUCUCACCUCGCCGGGCAACUAUACCUUCAAGCUGACCGUGACGGAUUCAAAUAAUGUCACCAACUCGACCACAGCCACCAUAGCGGUGCUCAAGGAGACGGACUAUGCGCCGGUGGCCAACGCAGGAGAUGCUGUCAUAUUGUAUUUGCCUAACAACAAUGUAACUCUGAAUGGCACCGCCAGCUCCGAUGACCACGAAAUCGUUGAAUGGGAGUGGACAAAGGAUGCCAGCGACGAGGCAAAGGCCGUAGACAUGCAGAGGACCAGAACGCCCUAUGUACAGCUGUCCAAUCUAGAGGAGGGCAUGUACACGUUCGUCCUUAAAGUCACCGAUAGCAGCAAGCAGUCGAGCACCGCCAAGGUGCACGUCUUCGUCAAGCCGCCCACCAAUUCACCGCCCACGGCCAACGCGGGCGCCAACGUGACAACCAGCCUGCCCGUCAAUUGGGCCACUUUAAAUGGCUCCGAGUCGAAAGACGACAUUGGCAUCAAGAGCUAUCAAUGGAAGCAGCUAAGCGGACCCAACAAUGCGGUCAUACUCAAGUCAAAUACCUCUAUUGCCAAUGCGACCAGCCUAACGCUUGGGCUUUAUGAGUUCGAGCUAAGCGUUGCGGAUGAGAACAACAAUACAGCUACUGCCAGCACCUGGGUGAAGAUUGUGCAGGAACGCAAUGCAGCGCCCAUUGCCAAUGCAGGCGGAGAUCGCACCAUUACUCUGCCCAUCACGGCGAUUUAUUUGAAUGGCUCGCAAUCUUCAGAUGAUUUGGCUGUGGUUAAGUAUGUGUGGACACGUGAGGACACGAGCCAAGCAGCUGGCGUUAUCAUUGACAACACGGACAAGCAGCCAGUUAUGAUUCUCACCAAUGUGGUGCAAGGGCGCUACGUCUUCAAGCUUACAGUGAGCGAUGAACAAGGCUUAACCAGCUCGGAUACAGUCAGCAUUAAUGUCCAUGCGGAUCCCAUGCUUAUGUAUCUGGUGCAAAUGACGCUGCCCAUGAGCUUAUCCGUGCUUACUAAAAGCGAAUUGGACUCCACUGUGCAGAAGUUGCAACUACUGCUGGGCGAUGAUAACAAGAUACAAAUCAGGGAACUGAAGCAGGAUCUGCACACUGAGGCAGCGUUGCUGGUGUUCUUUGUAUUGGCCAGCGACGCGAAGGGAGGACAAUCAACGCCAGUAAACGGGCUGCAUGUGGAGCGAGUGCUGCGUGCCAAGCUGCAAAAGGAUGCCUCUAUACUGGGCGCACUCUACGUGGACAUACGCACCACAGUCUGUCAGAAUAAAUGCUCGGGACACGGCCGCUGCAAUCCCUCGACGAGAGCAUGUAUUUGUGAGGCCUUCUGGAUGCCCUCGGCAGGCUUCUUCGUUAGCAACGAUGAGGCCAACUGCGAUUGGUCCAUUUUGUAUGUGUUUGUGGGCGUGAUCUCUGGCUGUCUGUUGCUGUCGGGCAUCUUCUGGGGCAUUGCCUGCGCCUGUCGCCAAACCAAAAAACCAAGAAGCAUGCGCCAGAAGGUGCAAAAAUAUGCGCUAAUAGGCACGCAGGACGAAGAGGCUGCCAAUUAUUCGCGCAAUACUUCGCUUACCGAAUCGGAAACGGAUUCGGAUGUGCUCUUCGAGACACGCUCGAAGAGCAAUGGCAUUGGCAAGCGCAACAAAGCGCAUCACAGCAGCUCUCAGGGCAGCGGUUCCGGCAGCCGAGAGGGCAACAAAUAUGCGGUUACCAAGCUGGGCCGCAAGAUCAAAACCUAGACAAGACACUUUAUAUAUGUAUGUU